AUGGAUUCUUCAAAAGAGGAACUUUUCCUCAUGUGUGAAGAGGCUCGCAAAGAAUGCGAAGAUUUCAUAGAAACCUGUAAGAUUGAAGAUAUGGGGCGCGGUUUCUGGGCCCCGUUUUGGCGAUCUGCAUCGCAGAUGUCCUUGUCUCUCACGAAAUCAUUUCUCUCAGUCGAAAUGGAAAGGAGUCAGCCGGAAUGGUGGAAUCACGAGGUAAUUCAGCGUCAUCUAGAGACCAUCCACCGGAUUAGGAAGUAUGAGCGAAAGCUUCGAUACUUGGUUCACGACAAGGAGAUCUUCCCCCUUCCCCGCGAAGAUAUCCGUGCAGCCGAGCCCCUUGAGCUGGAGGUCGCGGUGCUGGGCGAGACGAAGCAUAGUGUUGUAGCAGCCCGAGUUAUGUUCUUGUUGCGGGCGAGGAAGGAAGGACGAAGCACAUUUCCGAGCGACGGUGGUCUACGGUACGGAGGUCUUGACUUUUCCGCCUUUACCGUGAAGUGGAGUUUGCCGCGGUGGUACCAAUUUCUUUGCUCGAAUUAUACAAAGGAACCCUGGUUGCCUGAUUGGCAGGCAGUUGUGGGGCUGGUGGGCUGGGUCACAUACCAUGAGCGUUUCCUUUUACAAACGAUCCGCGGAAGCUGUGUUGAAGCCGGCAAGAUUGCUGCAGACGAUAGGGUGGUGCUCUUCCAGACAUCUAUAGCCUACGACAUGAUAGGCCCAGAUUGCAAAGACUGUCCCGUCUGCCAGGAGGAAGUGGCCAAGACACCAGCGGAAGGGGGG